CCCCAGUAAACGGCCACAUAAUGUGCACGGACCAUUAUGCGCACCGAUGGCGCAUUAUAUAAAUCCAAAGACGGGGAAUAGACAGACCGAGCGACAGAAAUGGCGGAAAACCAAACGGACGACGAUGACGAUGAGGGGUUCGGAGACUUCAAGUUCGUAUCGCCGUCUUUUAGUCAAUCUAUGUCUGUCUACCAGGACAAUAGAGUUGAAGACGAAUGGGGAGAUUUCAUGGACAAUUUCUCUCCGAAGCAAGAUUUUUUUGGAAACCAACCACCCCUAAGCAUCACUCAAACUCUGAAUCCUGCUAAUCCAUCUCAAACCUCGCGAAGUUUCGAUCUUUUUGGUGAUUUCUCGGAUCAUUCGACAAAAACCACAGACUCAAAGCUGAAUCACGUCGAAUCUGAGAGGAAUUCUGCUUCCUCGGAUGCUAAGAAAGGGUGGGAGAAGCCUCAAGGUGCUAUACCUCUUUCCAUUUUUGGUGAGGAAGAGGAAGAUCCCGAUUCGAACAAUCCGUCUUUCAAUGAUACUGCUGACCCUUUCCCUGCUAAACAAUUGUCGUCUCCUGUGAAAAAUGAAGUAAAAUUUGGGCAGGGUCUCCUUCUCAGUGAUCUUAUCGUGAAUCUGUACAGCCAGGCAGAUCAGAUCAAGAUUGAAAAUGGGUCGCAUUCGAAUUUGGUUGAUGGAGAUGAGAAUUUUGAUGACGACGGCUGGCAAUUUAAGGACGCAAUCUCUCAAGAUAAAGUCGGAGAUAGAGAUUCAACUGUCGAGGUAGAGGUGACAUCUGGUCUAUCAGGAAUUCCAGUUGAAACAACAGCAGGGACAACUGACCAACAAUUUCAGGUCAAUAGUAAACAGUCUGAAAAUUUUGAGGGAACAUUACAUAAAUCGGGCCUUAGCAAUGGUGGCCUAGAUUCGGGAGAUAUCUUUACGACAUCAGAUUGGCUUUCUCAUUUAUCUACUGGACUGGACAAUGAUCUUGGUUUUGUCACUGGUAUAACUACUCAAAAUGGUUCUAUCUUCAGUCAAGCCAAGCAGAAUAUGACUGAAAAUGGAUCGAAUUCUAAAUCAGGUGAUGCAAAUAUAGGUGCUGAUGAUAAUUUCUGGGAUUUUAAGGAUGGGUUCUCAGAGGUGACAUCUGGUCUAUCAGGAAUUCCAGUGGAAACAGCAACAGGGAGAACAACUGACCAACAAUUACAGGUGGGCAUUGUUCCAUUUCCGUAUGGACCGUAUCAGAGGGAUUUAUCAUAUGUUGCAUCUAGAUUUAGAAUUAUUAGUAAUUUAGAGAUAGAAGAUCUAUAUACAGUCAAUGGUAAACAGUCUGAAAAUUUAGUAGGAACGCAUAAAUCAAGCCAUAGCAAUGGUGGCCUAGAUUCUGGAGAUAUCUUUACAACAUCAGAUUGGUUUUCUCAUAAAUCUGCAAGACUUGACAAUGGUCAUGAUUUUGUCACUGGUAUGACUACUCAAAAUGGUUCUAUAUCGGUAUCGUUCAGUCAAGCCAAGCAGAAUACGACUGAAAAUGGAUCGAAUUCUAAAUCAGGUGAUGGAAAUAUAGAUGCUGAUGAUAAUUUCUGGGAUUUUAAGGAUGAGUUCUCAGAGGUGACAUCUGGUCUAUCAGGAAUUCCAGGGGAAACAGCAACAGGGAGAACAACUGACCAACAAUUACAGGUGGGCAUUGUUCCAUUUCUGUAUGGACCAUAUCAUAGGAAUUUAUCUUAUGUUGUAUCUAGAUUUAGAGUUACUAGUAAUUUAGAGAUAGAAGACCUAUAUACAGUCAAUGGUAAAAAGUCUGAAAAUUUAGACGGAACAUUACAUAAAUCAAGCCAUAGCAAUGAUGGCCUAGAUUCUGGAGAUAUCUUUACGACAUCAGAUUGGCUUUCUCAUAAAUCUGCAGGACUGGACAAUGGUCUUGGUUUUGUCACUAGUAUGGCUACUCAAAAUGGUUCUAUAUCGGUAUCGUUCAGUCAAGCCAAGCAGAAUACGACUGAAAAUGGAUCAAAUUCUAAAUCAGGCGAUGGAAAUAUAGAUGCUGAUGAUAAUUUGUGGGAUUUUAAGGAUGGGUUCUCAGAUUCUGAAGAUGUAAAUUGCUCUUCAAAGAAUAAGGGAAAUGCAAAAGGGCUCGGGGAUCAUCAGGAAUCAUUUUCACCAUCAUUUUUUGGCAACGGGAAACUGAAUGCUGAUGAUUCCUUGUCUGGUGAAGAUUCAGGCUGA